AAUGAAUCCACACCUGCAGAGAAGCAGCAUAGAGAUCUAGUGCGCAUGUGCUAACAUCUCAGUGACCAAGAUGGGCGUGUCCAGCUCAGUACUCAUUCUCCUCUGCUGUAUUGGUGCAUUUUACAGCAUUGCUGUGUUGUUUGGAGCCCACCCAAUUAAGCAGUUCUGGGGUAACCUAGCUUGGGGUGUACUGAUGUCUCUCCUCACUUGCGUACCUAGCCUGAUCACAGUCGGCUCGAGCAGAAGGCACCUCUCGAGAGUAUUCAUACAGGGCCGUUUCAGUCGAGCUAGUGAGAUUGGUGUGUACUUUGGUUGCAUUGCUGCACUGUUGGGUGCGUGGGUGGGGGCUUUCCCUAUUCUACUGGACUGGCGCAGACCUUGGCAGGUGUGGCCGAUACCGUGCAGUAUAGCAGCUGUAGCCCUGUGGACAUGUUACUGGAUAGCGUAUCUGACUGUACAAACUUUCUGGCCACAUUUGCUUCUAAUUACCAGAACACCAUUAUGAUAUUACGUCAUUUCAUUUGUUGAAUUCACACACAACAUUUAUAUUCUUGAAAAAUAUAACAGC